AUGGCCAGGCUAAGCAUCGCGCAGGUGACACGGCCAUCUACGACGUCAAUACCAAAAUUUCUUGCACCCGCAUUCGUUCAGACCCGUCAGGCUUCUGUCGUCAGAAUCAAGAAAGUCAAGAAGAAGCGUGCCAUCCCCAAGGACUUCAAACGACACAACCUCGAAAAGCGACAAUUUCCCCAGUUUACACUAUGUGAGGCCAUGCGUGUGCUCCGUGCUGUCGAAGUCGGCCAGCCCCCUGCAUCCAUCAAAUAUGAAGUCCAUAUUAACCUCAAAACCGCACGAAACGGGCCCGUUGUCAAAAAUAGCAUCCGCCUUCCGCACCCCGUCCAAAGCGACUGGCAGAUUGCCGUCAUUUGUCCCGAAGGAAGCGACAUUGCCACCGCGGCGACAGCCGCUGGUGCCGUCGCCGUUGGAGAAGAGACCCUUUUUGAAGCUAUUCGCAAAGAGAAGAUCGACUUUGACCGCCUCAUUUGCCACGAGGCUAGUGAAAAGGCCCUAAAUAAGGCUGGUUUGGGGAAGAUCUUGGGUCCCAAGGGACUCAUGCCCAGCAAAAGAAUGAAGACAAUUGUCAGCGACGUGACCAAGUCGAUUCGCGAUUCUGCUGGCGCAGCCGACUACAGAGAACGGCAGGGCGUUAUUCGCAUGGCCAUUGGCCAGUUGGGAUACACCCCCGAUCAGCUAAAGGUCAAUAUCCAGGCUCUGUUGAAGAAGGUCAAGUCCGAGUGUGCUGAAAUCUCGGAAGAGGUAUCCAAGGAGGUACAUGAGGUGAUUCUAAGCACUACCAAUGGGCCUUCUCUAAGCCUCAAUGGAAAAUUUAAUGAUGUUGAGGGAGAGACGCAGCCUGAGGCUUUGGCGGGCGUCAUGUAA